CACGCUGCUGCCAUCAGGGACAUAGUGUGUGAGAGCAUGGCUGCACCCCUCCCUCCCGCCCUGGUGGCUGCUGUAGCGCACGGAAGUGCAGGGAGCACAGGGAGGGGUGUGGUGGGAGAAAAUCUACGGCAGUCCAGCAUAGCGGCUGGGGACGUGGGGCAGGGUGGAACCAGGGAGGGUGGAGCUGGGGAGGGGAGGGCGGGAGAGGGGAGCAUGGGGCUUGAUGUAGCAGCAUCAGCAGCAGCAGCAGAAGCAGGUGUUGGUGGUGCAGGCACCGCAGGAGAAGCAGAGAAAGAAGCAGCGGGUGCGCCAUUAUCCCUCUCAUCCCGUCCCUCCCUCUCUGCAGUCCAGUACCUUCUGGAAACGCUGUCUGCUAUGCCAGAGGACGUAGUGACCCAGCAGGCCACGCUCUUCCUGCUGCUGCUCUACAGCCACGCCUUCAAGGACGUCUUCUCAGGGCUGCUCAUACAGCAAUACCCGCACCUCGUGCUCAAUGUGCUCCACGACCACAACCCCUCGGCGCGGUUUCUCAAGAUCGAGAAGGCUCUGGACCGAGGGCUGCUCAUAUGGCAAUACCCGCAUCUGGUGCUCAAUGUGCUCCACGAUCACAACCCCUCUGCGCGGUUUCUCAAGAUCAAAAAGGCCUUGGACCGAG